AGCUGCUGCCUCGUUCACUCUGUGGCAGUCAGACUCUGACAGGACCAUGGCCCUGAUGCAGGCUCCAGGGAGCCCCAGCCCUGGGCAGACCUGCGCACUGAUCCUGAUCUUCACCGUGCUCCUGCAGGCCCUCUGUGUGGCCGUGACUUACGUGUACUUCACCAACGAGCUGAAGCAGAUGCAGGACAAGUACUCCAAAAGUGGCAUAGCUUGCUUCUUAAAGGACGAUGACAGUUCUUGGGAUGCCAGUGAUGACGAGAGUAUGAUCAAUCCCUGCUGGCAUGUGAAGUGGCAACUCCGUCAGUUUGUUAGAAAGAUCAUUUUGAGAACCUAUGAGGAAACCAUUCCUUCAAUUCCAGAAAAACAACAAAAUAUUCCUCACCUAGAAAGAGAAAAAGGUCCUCAGAGGGUAGCUGCUCACAUAACUGGGACCAAUCGGAAAAGCACAUUCUCAUUUCUAAGCUCCAAGAAUGAAAAAGCUUUGGGCCAGAAAAUAAAUUCCUGGGAGUCGUCAAGAAAAGGACAUUCAUUCUUGAAUAAUUUGCACUUGAGGAAUGGAGAGCUGGUUAUACACCAAACAGGGUUUUAUUACAUCUAUUCCCAAACAUACUUUCGAUUUCAGGAAACUGAGGAGGUUUUGGGAACAGUUUCAACAGAAGAGAACAGAAAGAAAAACAAACAAAUGGUACAAUAUAUUUACAAAUGCACGAGCUAUCCUGACCCCAUACUGCUGAUGAAAAGUGCUAGAAAUAGUUGUUGGUCUAAAGAUUCAGAAUAUGGACUCUAUUCCAUCUAUCAAGGUGGAAUAUUUGAGCUUAAGGAAAAUGAUCGAAUUUUUGUCUCUGUAACUAAUGAGCAAUUGAUUGACAUGGACCAAGAAGCCAGUUUUUUCGGGGCCUUUUUAAUUGGCUAAAUGAUCUGCAAAGAAAAAACAGUGCCCCCAGAGAGACCUUUCACUUUUCAGAGUGAUACACUGUGAAAAGACUGCAAAAGAGCUGACAAAAUAAGGCAGCCUGAGCAGAGCAGCCUCAAUCACGAGACUCUACAACACAAGCUUUUUUGGUAUCUCUGAAAAGUGACCAACGUAUUCCAAGACAGAGAAACUGACAAAAGACCUUCUGAGACUCUACCUGAUAUCAGCUUGCUAGCAGAAAUCUAGAAGGUUCUCAGUUUACAAACAUUUGUGUAGCAAUUAACGUCUUCCGCCUUAACCGUCUACUCUUGCGAAGAUACCAGAAGACUGAAAGUUCACGGUCAGGGUAUGCAGUGUGCCAGGGGAGUUGGUGCAGUGUGGGGCCUUGUGGGAGUUGUCCUGUACCCUCGUACUCUUGGAAGUAAGAAAAUUCCAUUCGAAAUCGUAUCAUUUCACUAAACAAAUUAAAGUUAUGUUUAGUGAACAAGGAACUAUUUUCAGUUGGCCAAAACGUUCGUUUGGGUUUUAUGUAAUCAUAUGUAAAAAUCCGAACGAACGUUUUGGCCAACCCGAUAUUUCUGAAUGGCUUGUGCUUUUCACUCCCAGAAGUCAGGCUGACCGAAAGCACUGAAGGUAUUUUUGAUAAAAGACUCAAAUGAAUGAUAAGCUAAUCAGAAAUCGGGAAUUUGGCCCCUUGUGAGCAGGAGAACUGGGAAAGUGGGAAAAAAAAAAGAACUGUUUGAUAAUGUAACUUAAGGAUGGGCAAGAAUUAAUUAUGACUCUAUAUUUUUAUACUAAAAUUUAAAAAUACGUGUUUCUUUUUCAAUAAAAAUGACGUUAAAAUAUGUAGUUUUUGUGUAUCUAGUACUUAUGUUUUAUAGUAACAAGAUUACUAAUGAUGGGGAAAAGGAAUUCUUAUCUCUUUUUCAUGGUAUUGUUUAUCUGACAUGUGUUACUGAAGAAAGAAAGAAACUGCUCACUUUUUAUAUAAUGUGAUUAAAAGAUAUCAGUCCUUUCCUUUAUAGUUAAUGCUUUUGUUAUAGGUUGAAUUGUGUCCCCACAAAAGGUAUGUAGAAGUCCUCCUCCCCAGUACCACAGAAUGUGACCUUAUUUGGAAAGAAGUCGGUUGCAGAUAUAAUUAGUAAAGAUGAGGUCAUAGUGGAAUAGGCUGGGUCCUCAAUAUUGUAUAAUGUGACUGGUGUCCUCAUUAUUUAAAGAAGGAAAUUUGGAAACAGGAACAGAGACACACAGGGAAAACUCCAUGUGGCAACAGAGGCAGAGAUUGGAGUGAGGGAGUUGCAAGCAAGGAGCUCCAAGGAUUGACGACCAUCAUCAGAAGUUCAGGAGACAAGAAAAUAUUCUACCCAUAGCCUCAGAAAUCUACCGACACCUUGAUUUUGGACUCCUGGCCUCAAGAACUGUGAGAGAAUAAAUUUCUGUUGUUGAAAGCCACCCAGUCUGUGGCACUUUGGUUCAGCAGCCCGAGGAAGCUAAUACAGCUUUGUACACUAUGUUCAAGAGAUCUAUUUUUACCGAUGCGUACAGAUAUCACCAUCUAUAUAUUUUUCUGAAAUCUUUAAAUUUGGCCUUUCAUAGUUUGAUAGUGGGAUUCAACUGUAGUUUAAUUCAUGUGUGAUGAGCUAGGGAUGGAAUUUUAUCUUUUGCCAUAUCAGGGACCAGUUGUCCAGCACUGUUCAUUGGCUAGUCUACUCUUUCCCCACUGAUUUUAAGGUUUAAUAUCAUAUACCAACAUCCCAGGAGGUCUGUUUCUGUGCUCACUUUCUUUUCCUAUUGGCCUGGUUGUCCGUCCUUGCACCCAUACCAUCCAUUUUUAAAAACUGUGAUAAAAUACAAAUAACAUAAGAUUUACCAUUUAACCAUUUCUGAGUGUACAGUUCAGUGGCAUUAAGUACAUUCACACUUUUGUGCAACCAUCACCCCAUUCAUGUCCAGAGCAUUUCAUUACCCCAAACUAAAACUUUAUAACCAUUAAACAAUAAUUCCUCAUUUUCCCUUCCUCCCGCCCCUGGUAAUCACCAUACUACUUUCUUUAUGAAUUUGACUGUCCUAUGUACCUAAUGUAAAUAGAAUUAUGCAAUAUCUGUUCUUUUAUGUCUGGCUUAUUUGACUUAGCAUAAUGUCUUCAAGGUUCAAUCCAUGUUGAAGUAUGUGUCAGAAUUUCAUUUCUUUUUUUAAAUUUUUUUAAUUUAAGUACAGUUAAUUUACAAUGUUAUGUUAAUUUCUGUAGUUCAUUUCUUUUUAAGUCUGAAUAAUAUUGCAUUGUUGGAAAAUACAUUCCACAUCCUGUUUAUUCAUUUAUCUGUUGAUCAUACUCUGGCUUUAGUGGUUGCUAUUUGCUUUUCUAUAAAUCUUGAUGUCUUGUA